AUGAAUAACAAUAAUAUUGAUCUAAAAACAUUGUCUCAGACUAAAGAGGAUACUCUUACUGUGACUGAUGAACCAUCUUCGUCUCCAAAACCAAUAUCAGAUGUUCAUGAUUCAUGCUCAACUACCAAAGCAACUGAAUGCAAGCUUAAACGGAAGCUAGAUUUAGUUAUUCUUCCAUUGACCACGCUUCUCUACUUAGCUUCUUUUCUUGAUCGAGGUAAUAUGGGUAAUGCAAGAUUACAAGGUUUAGAAAGUGACUUGAUGGGUAACUCUGAUACAAAAUUUUCCAUUGCACUUACUUGUUUUUAUAUUUCAUACAUUGCCUUUAAUGUACCUGGCAAUAUUAUGGCUAAAGUACUCCAGCCUCCUACCGCAUUGGCUAUUGCUGCACUCAUCUGGGGUACUGCAUCUACUUUGCAAGCAGCAACGUUUAAUUUUCCCGAACUCAUCGUAUGUCGUCUCUUUGUUGGUAUUGGUGAGGCGGGCUUUGGUCCAACUGUACCUUUCUACUAUUCUAUUUGGUACAAGCGCGAAGAGAUUGCUAUACGCAAUGCAUUUUUUAUUGGUUGUGGUGCAUUGGCUGGUGCAUUUGGUGGACUAAUUGCUUAUGGAGUUUCAUUUGCGAAAGGUACUAGUAUCGGUGCCACUUGGCGAAUUCUAUUUCUUAUCGAAGGUCUUCCAACAAUCGUACUUGCGGUGCUCAUUUUUCUAUUGUUGCCAAAUAGACCUGAAACUAGUAAAUAUCUUACUGAAGAAGAACGUACAUUGGCAGUUACACGUCUAGCUACUAGUCAAUCAGGCGGUGCUCAUACAAAGAACUUUCAAUGGUCAGGUUUUCGACGUGCUAUUACAGAUUAUAAGAUCUAUGUGUGUGCUGUCAUCUACUUAGGUAUUAACUUAAGUCUUGCUUCUCUCUCUGGUUUCUUACCAACUAUUAUUUCAUCUCUUGGCUAUAGCAAUGCUCAAGCGCAGCUCUACAGUGUACCGCCAUAUGCUUGUGCUGCUGUUUUCAUGAUUCUUAUGUCAUUCUUCUCAGAUCGAACUGGCUGUCGUGGUUUGUUCGUUGCGAGUGCGAUGAUGGUCUCAUGUACAGGAUGGAUUAUUCUCUUGACUGUAGUUAACAAUCAACAUGCACGUUAUUUUUCAACAUUUCUCACAACUAUGGGUAGUUUUGCUGCAAUUCCACUUACGCUUAGUUGGGUCUCUAAUAAUUGUGCUAACGAAUCUCAGCGUGUCGUGGAAUUAGGCAUGCUUAAUGGUAUUGGACAAACAUUUUCCAUACUUGCUGCCUUCAUUUUUCCUACAACCGAUCAACCAUAUUGGUAUAAAGGCUUUGGAUUAAAUUUGGCUUUCAACGCUCUUUCUGCGUUGCUCGCUAUUAUUCUCUAUUUGAUUCUACGCUUCGAAAAUGCUCGACGUGAUAGAAAAGAAGGUGGUCGUUCUUCCGACUUGACAGAUGUAGAUGUCUACACGUACAAUGAUUUAGCUCCCGGUUUUCGCUACGUAGCAUAG